AUCUUGGAGCAAUAUUCUCUGAUGGAUUCGAGCAAGAUGGUGGAGAUUCGGUCAAAACGAUGCAAGAACAGUGGUAUCAUUUCAGCAUCAACUUGCAGCACCAGGGUAACAAAAAAAGCGAGAAUGGAUAUUUGUGAAACAGAGCCAGAUCAGAAGAGAAAGGUUGUUAAGGUAACAGACUCUGCUAAGGCUUACCGUGAAAGGGUUCGCAAACAACUAGAGGAGGCUUUCUCUGGCGUCGCGAGUGAAGCCGAUGAUGGCAUUCGGCAUGAUGUAGAAGCAUGUGACCCGGUUCAGGUUGCUGCCUCCGUAGAAUCUGCAAUGUUCGAGAAAAUAGGUUGGAGUAACAGGGUUAGCAAGGCCAAGUACCAAUCUGUAUUGUUCAACCUAAAGAACUCCCAAAAUCUGGAUUUAAGGAGAAAGGUUCUUCUUGGACAGAUCGUGCCGGAGGUGCUUGUGAGCAUGACUGCGGAAGAGAUGGCAAGCCAGAAAAGGGAGCGUGAAAACGUCCAGAUUCGAUUGAAGACAAUGAAAAGAUGUAUGCAUGGAACGGACGAGAAAGAAAAAGCCUCCACAGAUAUGUUCAAGUGUGGAAGGUGUGGUGAGCGCAAGUGCAGUUACUAUCAAAUGCAGACAAGGAGUGCUGAUGAGCCAAUGACUACCUAUAUCACGUGCAUCAAUUGCAACAAUCACUGGAAGCUUUGA